AUUAAACGUAGCACAUCAGUGUUCUAUAAAUCUGGAGUUUUCUUUAGAAACCUACGUCUAGAACACAGCAAUUGGCGACGAGAUCGAUAUCUACGUGUGCAGAGAACGUUUUUUUCAAUUAAUUGGUUGGAAAAAAUGACUACAUCAAGUGCAAAUGUAAUGUUCGGCGGCAGUCUCAAUUUUGACCAUCGGAUUCACGAAUGGAGUAUCUUCAGGAGCAGAUUGUUUCAAUUCUGCACUGUUAAUGAUAUUACGGAAACAACAGACAAGUCAGAAGUGAAACGCCGUGCCGUGUUAUUGUCGGCCUUAUCGGAAGAUACCUACCGCAUUCUUCGAGACUUAGUGGCGCCAAAGGAAGUUGACAGCGUAGAAUACAAGGUUUUGUUACAACAUCUGGAUACGCAUUUUACGCCAAAGAAGAGUACAUUUGCUGAACGCUACACUUUUUAUAAGGCUGAACAGCGACCGGGUGAAGAGUUGCCAGAUUGGGCCGCACGAGUGCGUAGCCUGGCCCAGUACUGUGGUUUUAAAACGGAGUUGGACAGUGUAUUACGCGACAGGUUUGUCUUAGGGUUGGAAAAUGUAAAAGAAAAAGAAAAGUUAUUUGCCGAGAGCGUUGACACUUUAACGUUUAGCAAGGCAUUAGAAUUAGCGCAAAGUGUGCGGUGCGCGCGAAUAGCGUUGCAAAAAACACAACCCGCGGUACCCGAAACUCCAGUGUUUGCCGUCAACACGUCGCGCGCGCAACGUAACCCUCGUAGUAACUUGGAAAGUUGUGAAGUUUGCGGCUAUAAAAAUCAUACAAAGGAUCAGUGUCGUUUUAUUAACUAUACAUGUCAAAAGUGUAAACAAAAAGGACAUUUAAAGCGAAUGUGUAAAACCAAAGUGCGAAGGAAUUAUUUUGUAGCAGAGGAGGAUGACGAUAUCAUUCAAGAUCUCACAAACUAAGAACUAUGGAGGGCGGCGCAAGGUGUGUUUUGUGGAAGGAGAUCAGGUGUUAGUUAAACAUAUAUUUAGUAACGGAAAUAAGCACGUAUGGAAAAAAG